GUCACUCCGCUGGCCACCGGACCGCCGCCCUCCCCCCGCCACCCAGGCCUGGGGGCUCUGCGCCCAUCGGGGCCCCGGCACCGGCCGCGCUUCGGGGGCUUCUCCAGCGCGGGGCGAGAGCGCCAGGCGCAGGCAUGACGGAGAAGGAAGUGCCAGAGCCGCCGGCUUCACCUGCUUCAGGUGGGAAACCCAAGAGCCGGCUGCAGAAGCUGAAGCAACUUUUCCAGCGAAAACCCAAGGAGGAGCCGGUGCAGGAGCCACAGCCCAACGGGGAGCUGGUCAGCCCCUCGGGGGGACCCAUCUACUACAUCUAUGAGGAUGACGAAGAGGAGGAAGAGGAGGAGGAGCCCGAGCCCCCUCCCGAGCCGGAGAAACUCGUUAACGACAAACCCCACAAGUUCAAAGACCAUUACUUCAAAAAGCCCAAAUUUUGUGAUGUUUGUGCCCGCAUGAUCGUCCUCAACAACAAAUUUGGCCUGAGGUGCAAGAACUGCAAAACAAACAUCCACCACCACUGCCAGUCCUACGUGGAGAUGCAGCGCUGCUUCGGCAAGAUCCCGCCCGGGUUCCGGCGGGCGUACAGCUCCCCCCUCUACAGCGACCAGCAGUACGCCGGCACCAAGGACCAGCUCGCAAACAGGAGCGACCCCGUGUUCGAGACGCUGCGGACGGGAGUGAUCAUGGCCAACAAGGAGCGCAAGAAGGGGCAGGACGACAAGAAGAACCCCUUGGCUGCGAUGAUGGACGAGGAGUCGGAGGCCACGAAGCCGGUGGGGAGCAAAGCUGAGGGUGGUGCCGCCGAGGGGGACAAGAAGGCUGAGAAGAUCCCAACAGAUGACAAGAGCAAGAAGCCACAGCCAGGGGGGUUCCUGCAGUCCCACUAUUUCGUGGCACUUUAUCGCUUCAAAGCCCUGGAGAAGGACGACCUGGACUUCCCGCCGGGGGAGAAGAUCACGGUGGUCGAUGACUCCAACGAGGAGUGGUGGCGGGGGAAGAUCGGGGAGAAAGUCGGAUAUUUCCCCCCCAACUUCAUAAUCCGGGUGCGGGCAGGCGAGCGGGUGCACAAGGUGACGCGUUCCUUCGUGGGCAACCGGGAAAUCGGGCAGAUCACGCUCAAAAAGGAUCAGGUGAGGCGGGGACCCCCCCCUCAACACCACCCGGAGACC